GCCGUUAUAGUUUCAGACGGAAGUGGAUAGAUUUGUCACACAACCUUCCGAUUUUUAGAUAUUUCGUGUAUUUCGAUAGUUGUGGAUAUAUUUGUCACAAAUCUGAUAGUUGUGGAUAUACAGCUGUAUUUUGCCAACAAACUAUUAGGGUUUUAAAUUAUUUGGAUGGGUUUGAAUUGAUAUUUACAAAAUCACUGUAUAUGAGUUAAGUGAUUAAAAUGAUUAACUAAUUAGGGGUUGUUUGGAAGUUGCGAUUGUUUUGUUGAGAUUGUCAUUAUGCAUGUAUUGUUUACAAUGCAUCGUUUUUUGUUUUUUUAGCAGAAACAAUACAUGGAUUGUUUCUGUGAUGUGACAGAAACUAUCACUCAUGUUGAGAUAGUUGAGUUGAGAUUGUUUUGUCUCAGCUUUUAGUUGAUGCGACAUACACAAUCACACAUACCAAACGUUGUAUUCUACAAUGCAUCAAAUUCGACAAUACAUGUAUAAUAUUAUACAUGCAUUCUCAACAAUACAUUUAUUUAACAAUCGCAACUUCCAAACAAACCCUAAAAAUAAAAUACAACAAAAAUGUAUGGCUGUCGAGGUUAAUUUUCCGGGCAAGCAAGCUGCAAGCGGGGUAAAUGGGUAAUUCUGGGUGAACUCCGUUCACGGAAAGCUAGAAACCCUAACUCUGGGGGGCGCCCGCCGAGUGUAAAGCCAGGACUCGCCAUAAAAAUGAAGAGAGCCAAUGCCACGUGGACACAUUGGCAGAUAACGUCUCCCAAAAACCUCUCGAUGACGUGUACCUUGUAACCGCGGCCUCCAUAUAAAUACCACACCAUCUUUUUCUUUCCCUCUCAUCGUUUUUUUUCUCGUGCUCAUCCAUUCUCUCUCUCUCCUUCUUCACUGUCCAUUUUCCUCUUCUCGAAUCGCUAUCGAACGGAUUGGGACGAACACUUUUUCCUCCGGGAACUCUUGCUCUGCUGAUUUCUCGCUCCUAGUCUCCUUCUUCCGGCGAGCAUUACCCGGGAGCCUGGAGGAAUCCGGAGAGAUCCUCCCGUUGAUCUAGGGUUUUUUUUUCUUCUUUCUCUCCAGAUUUGAAUCGGCCGUUGUUUUCGUUUUUUUUUUUGCGCGCUCUGAUCGGAAGUUCUGUCUCGGCGUGGAGGAUAUCCUGAUUGUUUCUUCCUGGCUUGGCUCGAGAUCCCGGGCCAAGCACAGAAGAACCGCUUCACCGUUUCCGGAUUCACUUCCCUUCUUCGCUCCUCUCUUCAGGACUCGGCAAGCCGACUGCGGCAGAGGUAUUAGUUUGCAUUUCUCUCAAAGUCUUUUCUUCCUUUUUGUUUAAUCUGCUACUGGUUUUCUUUAUCUUGCGGUGGUUAAUCUGUAUGGUUGCUUGAGAGGGGGAAAAUGCGAGAGCGCUAGUCUGUUUUAGUGGUCGAGACGUCGAGUGUUUUUGUUUUGGCAAGGUGGUGAAGUUCCAGAUGUUUGGAUAUCGUGUUGAGCUUCAGAUCUUUGCGAUUCGAGAGUCCAGGUUUAUGAUUGUUCAUUGUAGUUUCACUGUGUCCGCCACGAUUCUGGACAGGAGUUUUAAUUGUUGGCGAUGGUGUGGAUGCAUCGAAGACGUGUUGGUGAUUCUAGAACCUAACUGAUUUCUUUCUGUUUUUUUUAUUUUGUUUUUUUUUGAAGUGCAGAAGGCAUUGUACAGGAUUCGUUGUGUAAAUGGCGUCGAAUGAGGGAUUUCUAACUGAUGAGCAAAGAGAAGUGUUAAAACUUGCCUGUCAGAACGCAGACAAUUUGGCUUCACCGCCUAAAAGCUUGUCGUCUUCACCUAAAUCCCCUUCAGGGUUGCGUCCUGAACACUUCGUGAGAGUUCCUGGUGCUGGCAAAGCAUCCACAGGUGGGGCUGGUGGCAGGCAUGUAAAGCGAUCCCACUCUGGCAAGUAUGGGAGAGCAAAGAAGGAUGGUGCUGGUGGCAAGGGAACAUGGGGGAAGCUUCUUGAUACAGAGGGUGAUAUCCAUAUUGAUCGCAAUGAUCCUAAUUAUGACAGUGGAGAGGAACCUUAUAAACUCGUUGGGGCUACAUUAUCUGAUCCCUUGGAUGACUACAAGAAAGCGGUUGCUUCCAUAGUAGAAGAGUAUUUCAGUACCGGGGAUGUAGAAGUUGCAGCAUCAGACCUCAGAGAACUUGGAGCCAGUCAAUAUCAUCCAUACUUUAUCAAGAGACUCAUCUCCAUGGCCAUGGAUAGACACGACAAGGAGAAGGAAAUGGCUUCUGUUUUACUGUCCUCACUAUAUGCUGAUGUUAUAACUCCUGCACAAAUCCGGGAUGGGUUCGUCAUACUUCUCGAAUCUACUGAUGACCUUGCUGUAGAUAUCUUGGAUGCCGUAGAUGUCCUUGCUUUGUUUGUAGCGCGGGCCGUGGUUGAUGAGAUACUCCCACCUGCUUUUCUCCCACGGGCAAAGAAAACUAUUCCUGAAGCGUCGAAGGGAUUUCAGGUUCUAUUGACUGCUGAAAAAUCCUACCUUUCAGCUCCUCACCAUGCCGAGCUUGUGGAAAAUAGAUGGGGUGGUAGCACUCGUAACACUGUUGAAGAGGUGAAGAAGAAGAUUGCCAGUCUGUUGAGGGAAUAUGUCGAGAGUGGACAUGCUGUUGAGGCCUGUAGAUCCAUUCGAGAGCUAGGGGUUACAUUCUUCCAUCAUGAAGUUGUGAAGAGAGCUUUAGUUCUUGCAAUGGAGAUCCAAACUGCUGAACCACUCAUAUCCAAGCUCUUGAAAGAAGCUUCCGAGGAAGGCCUCAUAAGUCCUAGUCAAAUGACCAAAGGCUUUGCUCGGUUGGCAGAGAGCCUUGAUGACCUUGCACUCGACAUUCCAUCUGCUAGACCCCUUUUCCAAUCUAUCGUCUCUAAAGCCAUCUCAGAAGGGUGGCUGGAUGCUUCCUUCUCAAACACUUCAGGUGAAGAUGGGCAACCACAAGCUGAAGAUGCAAAGUUGAAGCGCUACAAAGAGGAGGUUGUUUCUGUUAUCCACGAGUACUUUGACUCCGAUGAUAUCCCUGAACUGAUCAGGAGUUUGGUAGAUCUCGGUUUGCCGGAGUACAAUCCGAUAUUCUUGAAACGGCUUAUAACCCUUGCCAUGGACAGGAAAAACAGGGAGAAAGAGAUGGCAUCUGUUUUGCUCUCGGCGCUUCACAUAGAGAUCUUCUCAACAGAAGACAUAGUUGAUGGCUUUGUGAUGCUAUUGGAAUCAGCUGAAGAUACCGCGCUCGACAUCCUCGAUGCUUCAAACGAGCUGGCCUUGUUUCUAGCUAGGGCUGUGAUAGAUGACGUACUGGUACCUUUGAAUCUCGAGGAGAUAGGAGGCCAGCUGCCGCCAAACAGCAGCGGGAGCGAGACUGUGAAAAUGGCCAGAUCUCUCAUCACUGCCCGCCAUGCCGGCGAGAGGCUCCUGAGGUGUUGGGGAGGCGGGACCGGGUGGGCCGUCGAGGAUGCGAAGGACAAGAUCACGAAGCUGUUGGAGGAGUACGAUAGCAGCGGCGGAGUGGGCGAGGCGUGCCAGUGCAUCCGCGACUUGGGAAUGCCCUUCUUCAACCACGAGGUGGUGAAGAAGGCGCUGAUCAUGGCGAUGGAGAAGAAGAACGACAGGAUGCUGGACCUGCUCCAGGAGUGCUUCAACGAAGGGCUGAUCACCACCAACCAGAUGACGAAAGGGUUCACUCGUAUCAAGGAAGGGCUCGACGAUCUCGCUCUCGACAUACCGAAUGCGGAGGAGAAGUACGCCUUCUACGUCGAGUAUGCCCAGAAGAAGGGGUGGCUUCAGGCAUCGUUUUAGACCCUAGAUGGCCCUUUUUUACUUGAGAAGCACGCACUAUGUUUCGGAUGUUAUGUAUUUCUUUCUCCUGUUUAGAUAGACGAGUAUGAGAGAUGUAUUAGAUUCCUUUGAUACGAUUGUUUCUCCUUGUUGUUUUCCUUAUCUUUGGUCCUGGGUUUUGUUGGUGUUUCAGGAAAGGGUCAAACGAGGGAAUUGUUUUAUGAUCCAAGCCAAUGUACAAAGUUGGUUUCUCGUCUUUACCAAGUAGCUUUUAUCUUCACACUUAAAUUGGGUAAUUAGCAACGGCAAAUAUCAUUAUAUCAA